AUGACAUCGAAGCCAACAUCAAGAUGGGGCUUCAUACAGCAAGCCGUUGCUUCAGUCGAGUCAAAACUAGACAACAUCCUGGCAGAAGAAAAUGACCCCCUGAAGAGGAGCACUACUCCGGCGCAAUCAUCGCGGGACACCGCGUCUUCAAAAAGAAUCUCCUCCGAACUAUCACGGAGUAGCAGCAAUGCCUCGACCUCCAAUGACAGACUUCAAGAACGGCUUGCGCGCGCGAUGGCAAAGAAGAAUGCCAGCCGCUCAGAAACUCCAGCUAUUGUCGUGGACCAGUCACCAACACGGGCUCUAGGAGAUCAACCGUCUGUAACAGAUUCUGAUAACGCUAGGACUAGCGGCGACUCCGGUGUCGAAGGGUCACACACGCUAUCGCUGUCGAGGACUUCGGAGGAGGUGCCACUGAGUUCACAUACUGAAGAGACAAUCUCCGUGGAGGAUGACGCAAAGGACCUUGGACCCGAUGACUCGAUGUCCACUCCUCUUGUGGCGGAGCAUCAUGUGUCUGCGAGAACUCCUGCCGAUGUCACGGGAGAGAGCAAGACAAUCGUGGAGAGAGUGUCCCAAGAAGUCCAGAGGAAAAGUGACGAUGCUCCUAUGCAACUCCAGACCGAAGAGACCAAGAAAGUUGGAGAAGAGACCAGCGUAUAUCUUGAAAAGAUCGAUGCUCUCCAGUCAAAAAUCCAAUACUUGAGCAGAGAAGCGGCUCUCUCGGCCAAGCAAGCUGCCACUUCUGCAGACGCUGGUAGCGUAGAAAAGCAACUUGCUGAGAAGGACGAGAAAAUUGCACUGCUUAUUGAAGAAGGGACCAAGUUAUCAAAAUCGGAAAUGACAUAUUUGACUGCUGUCAAGAGACUGAAAGCCCAAAUGGCAGCCAAAAGUAAAGAACAGGAAGCGGUGAGACUACGUGCAGAAAAGGCUGAACGCUCUCUGAGGGCAAUGGAGGAAAGGGCAAGCAAGGCCGAAGCGGCGGGCAAGCGGGCCGAACAACAGCUCGCCACAAGUCUGAAAGUCGCAAGCGACCUGGAAGCCAUAAGAAGGGAGAGAGACGCACUCCAUGCAACCUUGGUCGAAAUGAAAUCACAGCUAUCGAAGGCAAAUUCACGGGCGGAAGCUGCAGAGACCAAGGCCCAGUCAGAUCAAUUGGAGAAGGAACGGAAACGGAUUGCGGAGUUGGAAGAUGAUUUGACCAGUUCUAAGGUCGAAAAGGAACUAUCCGAGGACAAGUUGCGUAGGGAGAUCAAAGAGUUACAGGCCGCCCUGGAGAAGGAAAAAGAACAAGCUCGUAUCAUGGAAAGCGACAUGCUCAGCGAACAAGCGGCGCUAGAGAGCAAGCUGGAAGCGUUCCGUGUCCGAGCAGAAGAGGCUGCUUCCACAGACCAUGAUCAUUUGCAAGCGAAACUGUUGCGCCAAAUUGAGACGCUCCAAAGCCAGUAUGCUUCGGCGAGUCAAAAUUGGCAAGGCAUCGAGAGUACUUUGCUGGGCAGAAUCACCAACCUUGAGAAGGAAAGAGACGAAGUCGCAGCGAGGGACGCGGACCUGCGAAAGAAACUGCGGGAUGCCACUCUCAAAUUGAAAAGCGCCGAGAGAGAACUGGAGAGCAUGCAGACCGCGUACGCCGACAUGGAGAGGAACUUGACAGAGGCGACUGAAGAACUGGAAAAGAUGGGUCAAAGAACUCGUCAACUCGAAACAGACCUGACCACUGCUAUCAAAGAUUUGAAGGAAUAUAAGACGAACACGGCACGCGAAGUGCAACGCAAGAUCGAAGAAGAGAAAGCAAGAUGGACCGCAGCUUUGCACAUCCAGCGCACCGAGUCUCCUGCAACCUCGAUGCGUAAGAGUUCGAGUAUGGCGACGGAUAUUAAUCUUUUGCUGAGCCCAGUCCAGUUGGACCGCCCUAGCAGUCGAAGAUCUUCCGCAAUGCCAGCCAUGGACUCGAAUACUCCCCCUCGCCAGCAGUCAACUACGUUGUUCAGGGGCCUCAGUAACGGAUCCCUUGCUGAGACGCCAUCUGUGGUGACCUCAAUGGACCAGGACGAAUAUUUUGCCAAUGUCCCACCCACACCUCUAUCAGCAAGUCACCACUCUCAUCGUGGCGUGAACGACUUGAUCUCGGCCUCCACAGUCGGAGCGGGUCCUUCAGUUCAACUGGUCGAACGAAUGUCCGCCAAUGUUCGUCGACUUGAGAGCGAAAAAGCCGCUUCGAAGGACGAGCUGCUCCGGAUUAGCACCCAGCGCGACGAAGCCAGACAAGAGGUGGUAAAUCUGAUGCGGGAGGUUGAGGAGAAGCGAAAAGUCGAGGCUCGGCUGGACGCCUUGGAGAAGGAAUACCAGAGCUUGAAUGAACGGCACCAGACCACCCUUGAAUUGCUCGGCGAGAAAAGCGAGCAAGUGGAGGAGCUCAAGGCGGACAUUCUGGAUGUGAAGCAGAUGUACCGGCAAUUGGCCGACACCAUGAAAUAA